AGUGGGUCAACAGAGCAAAUCCUUUUCGACCAAUCAACACCGAGCUGAUCGUUUCUGCUGAGAAUUAUGAAGGAGCCAAGAUGGCAGUGUUUCGUUCCGACCCGUGCGGUAUAGUGUGUUUACUAAUUACCUAUGGAGCCCUCCUCUACGCUGAUUAUGCCGUUGUCCGACACCUGGUCAUCCCCGUGAUGUCCGACACGUUAUGGGGUGCUGUUAGCGUGGUGAUCUUCAACUUUAUCAUAUUUUUGGCUGUGGUUUCGCAUCUACGAGCUGUUCUCUCAGACCCUGGAAUCGUACCAAUUCCUAAAACAACUCUAGAUUUCUCUGACAUGCACUCAGGUCACAAAAGCCCCUGUAUGAACAACGGCUGGACUGUCUGUAUGAAGUGUGAAACCUACCGUCCACCCCGAGCACAUCACUGCCGAGUAUGUCAACGCUGUAUACGACGGAUGGACCACCACUGUCCUUGGCUACACAACUUGGUACUUGAGAGGAGCAGGAGCUAUUUUGUGCAGUAUUUGUUCUCUGCAGGUUUGGCCUGUGUCUUUACAAUAUCCAUGGUUCUGGUCUCGUGGGUCUUAGAUCCAGUCUCCAAAAGAGAUUUAAAGAAUGUAAAAUUAUUACAUUCUGUUGCCCUUGUGGCUGAAUCUUUAGUGUUUGGGCUGUUUGUAUUGGCUAUUGGAUGUGACCAGGUAUCUUCUAUAUUCAAUGAUGAAACUGCUGUCGAACACGUGAAAAAAGAAGAAUACAGACGACCCCCCAGGUCGAAAUAUCAUUUAUUACAGGAAGUUUUUGGUCGAGAAUCUCCUGGUUUGUGGUUGUUACCUUUACAGUUUAACCCAAUCAAUACAGUUGCUGAGAAUGUCACAGAUCCAUAUGGGGUUUAAUGACCACCACCGCUGGUUCAUGGCAUCAUCCUCAUCCUCAUCAUCAUCAUCACCAUCAGUCAUCACCAUCAGUCAUCACCAUCACCAUCAGUCAUCACAGUUGCAAUGAUCAAUUUAACCAUUUCAUCAUAUUCAACACUUUCUUUUUCUUUUCUAUUUGAUAUUUUAUUUUCUGACCACGCCCUCCCCCCACCCCAACCACUAUAUUUGUUAGACUUUUCUACUCCCACUCCCCCACCCACUGUUAUCUUUUUUUAGACCUACCUGAUCCCCCACCUCCCCCACCACCACUAACAACCAUUGUUAUUGUUAGACCCUCCACCCAAUCCCCUCCCCUCCUAAUUAAUUGUAGCAUUGUUCGACCUGUCUACCCUUCCCCUCCACCACCACCCCAUAUGCUGCUAAUUUUGUCUGACCAUUCUUGUAAUUCCAGCUUCUUUGGUUCUUUUUUUUUUUGGCUUUUUUUUAUGUCUUUGUGAUCCCAUCAGGCAGGGUCCUUUAAACAGUAGCUGCUUACUGAACCCAACUUUCAAUUUUUUUCCGUUUUUGACCAGUACCCCUGACUAUCAGUGGUCAUGCUAUCAACACUUCCACUAUACAUACAUGUGUGUGUGUGUGUGUGUAUGUCUCUGUGUGUGUAGGGCUUGGUCUUCUCAACAAUUUGCUACAUUCCACAAUAAUUUUUGUUUUUCUUCUCAUUUUAUGUUUUUUCAAACAUUUUUUUUUGUUUCCAUCAUUUUUCUCCUGUUUUUCUUUUUUAUUUGUUUAAAUUUAUUUAUUAAUGCUCUUUUUACUGCUUAUUUUGUUUUGUUUUUCCUCUUUUGUUUUGCUAUUAAUUAAAAUAAUCUCAGCUUCCCCCUCCUCCUCCUCCUUAUAUUAAUUCUUUCUAAAAUAACAUCUAACAAGAAUGGUAAAGAUUAAUUAGACGGAGCUUUAAUCUCACUGACAGACCAAUUCCAUUGAAGAAUCUAUUUCUAGACUUCAUAAAAUACAAUUUUACCUCUUUGUAACCCCUGGAGAGAAAUUGCUAAAUGGUUGUUCAUGGUGAAGAAUUUUGAUUCCAACUUAAAAUUGGUAUGUUUGAUGGAGUAUUAUGGCUGGGUCUUCAUACACUGGCUUCUAAAUCUACAUCUUUAAAAUACUUUAUUGAAGGCUGAAUUCAGUUGAUCAUGUUCAGCUAUAAACUUUAAACCUUCUCCUAUCAAGAAAUAUGUAGAAUGUGUUUUGUGUCUCUUACCGUUUGGUUUAAAAUUAAAUUUGAAAUCUGUUCUUUCUUUUUGAAUAACCCUGUAUAUAUAGAAGACCCAUCAAGCCAAGUAAAAUCAUGGUCAUGGCAGAUACCAGUGUCACACAAAUGGCAUGUAAAAGCACUCAUUACAUUCUUGGAGUGGUUGGUGUUAGGAAGGGCAUCCAGCCAUAGAAACCCUGCCAAAUCAGACUGGAGUCUAGUGCAGCCCUCCAGCCUUGCCAGCCCUGGUCAAACCGUCCAACCCAUGCCAGCAUGGACAACGGACACUAAAUGAUGAUGAUGAUGAUGAUAUUAUAUAUAUAUGUAAUAAAUUGCUCAACUUCCAACCUGUAGACAAUAUGUCUGCCGUUUAGAGAAAAUCAUUUCAAAGGUGGCCAGAAAUGAAACUCGAUAUUAUUUUGAUUCUAUAAACCAGCUUCAUCUCCAUCCAUGUACUUGAAGAGGCAGAUUUAUGUAGACUUCAGUCUGUUAAGAAUCACACGUUCCCAAUUAUAAAAUCAAGAAAUACAAGUGACCAACGUCCUUCUUGUUCACAUUCUGAAUUUUAACUCCAUCCACUUUAAUUAAAAGCUGAAUUUUUUUUUCUUUUUUACAUGAAGCAACCAAAUCAUUUUCUAUUUUAUUAUUUUUCCCAAUUGGUUCUGAAGAAAUAACUGUUGGUGCUGUUAUGGAAUAAACAUUAUAUGCAUGACUAAAUCAUAGUUACCAUCCAUGUGUGGGGGAACCAAUAAAGGAACCUCUACAGGAUCACACGACCUGUUAAAUAUAGCAGCCGAAUUUCCCUCAAAUCACAAUUUACUACCUUAAAAUGAAGAACAAAGAUAAUUUACUUUUAGUGACUUCUAAAAGCAAAUAACCCCCUAAAAUAAACAGGAUGGUCAUGGCUGAAAUGCUUAAAUCUGGAAUCAAAGUUCUGAGCCUAAAUAAUGACAACAAAAUUAAUUCUUGAAAUCUGCACACAUCCAACCCUCUCCCCCUCCACACACACAUUGUUUUGAUGGACCGAAUUGUCUGGUCAUACCUAAAGGUUUCAUGCAAUUAACAUCAGUAAAUAUUGACGAGUCUGAGAUAGAAAUGGAAUGGUCUUUUUUUUUUCCAGGUAUUUAGGAAUGUUGGUCAUCUUUUAAUUGAUUCCAUGCUUAACAAUAGGAUUGGUCAGAUGAUGACUCUUGUAACUGGUAGCUUUGUUGCUGUUGAGACGUCCACUCAUAUUGACCAAUAGUUUUGUUUUAGAGCUAAUCACAUGACUAGCUGUGUUGUCAUGUGAUGUUCACUGUUCUUUGGCAGGUAUCAGGUGAUGCCUCUGCCAUCAAUUAUCACCUGGCAGCCAUAUUUCAGGGUUAAUCACGUGUGUGUCACUUGUUGAUGUUUGCUCUUUUGGUCACGCAUUGGCAGGCAGUUCUGUCUUGGAGGUAAUCAAAUGUUUCAUAAUGUUCGUCAUGUCAUAUGCUCCUUCUUUCAGGUAUGGGGAGGUUGUUCUGUUUUAGUGUUGAUUAUAAGGUGUUGUUGGUGGUGUUUGUAAUCUAGGUGGGCAAGUCUACUUUGGAAUUGGUUCGCAGAAAUUUUUUUAUAUGACAACGAAUUGAGAUGAGUUUAGAUUGAGACUGAUUGGUGGAUUCUGUGACAAUCUGUUUCUGUGUGUUGCUGUUCUGUCAGUAUCAUGUGAUAUGUUUAAUUUUGUGUCUUUUAAUUUCCAAAUGUGUUUAGACAAUACUGUGCAUUUUUCCAGAUGUCAGUGGCAGAAUGGAUUAUUUUGUGAAUGCAGAUGACUUUUGAAUGUGCUUUCAAUUAGCCCUGCAUAGCAGGUUGAGGUAUUGCGAGAUGUCAGUGCAGUAUAUUGUAUUUCAUUUGUGAUAUUUCACUUUAACGGAGCAGACCUCUGUGUUGUGGCAGUUGUUGCUAUAGGAUACUUGCAUUGUGGCUCUGUGAUGAUUCAGAACAGUUUUCUCCUACAGCAGAAGUUUACCUUUAUGUUGUUCUUGUUGAACAGUUGGUGGAAUCUGUGCCCACGUGGGAAGUAUUUACCAAAGAGUGUGAGGCAGUGUUUUGCCAAACUUUUUUCCAUAUUAGUAUUGUUUGGUGGAUUCUAGCUUGUAAUGUUCCCCUUCCUUGGAUGGUUGGUGAUGGUUGUUUGUUUCUGGUGAAUAUUUGAUUUUGUCUGGGUAGAAACUGUGCAGCCAUACCUUGUCGUAAUAUUCAAUGGAUUUGUUGAAUAUGGCUUCAUCUGAGGAUAAAAUCAACAACCUGUUACCAAGUGUCAGGUGUUAGUCUCUGAUUAGUGGUUUAAUUGUUCAUGACUGUAUAAAGGGGGUGGUGGUAGUUUUUUGAAGGCUUAUAUGACCUCAAGGUCAAAUGUGAUAUACAGGAAGUUUACUUUUGUCAAAUUAGUUUCAGCUUUCUCGUUCCAACUGAACACUUUCAAAGAUGGUGCAGUUUGUUUCCUGAGUGUCUGUUGAAUAUCCACCUGCAUCAUUUGUGAGCAUGAGUCCAUUGUCCCUUUACAGGUCUGGCUGAUGCCAUAAAACAACAAUACCUCUAAGCAUUUUUGCAGUUGGAACAAACCUACCAACUCACAGAUUUCCAUGCAUUCAUGACUUCCCAUGGUGACAUUGAGAUUGCUUACUUCAGUCUUCUUAAUCCCAACAUGUGUUGUUGAUGAAGUAAAACAAGCUUCUGACAUGCAUUAUAAUCUACAAAUUGACCUGUGAUAUCCAUGUAUUCAUUUCUAAAAUAGAUAGCUUUUUGGAGAAGGUCUUCACUUAUUGAUGAGUCAACAAUAUUCAAUUAUAUGAAUCUGCAACUAUUUUUCCUUUUUGGUGCUGUUAAACUACUUGAAAAUGGCCAUUGUGUUGUUCCAUAGUUUCAAAUUUGUGGAUUGUUUGAUUCUUUUGUUUAUAUUGGUUGAAGAUUGCCUUGCUAACUAUGCUCAGGUCAUUAUUUUUUUUUGUAUCUAUCAGUCUUACAUCGAAGUAAAUUGUCCAAGUUACUUUUAUGGUCUUUGAGUGUAAUGAAUGGCUUUUUUUCAUGAGAUAUUUCAGUUUUCCUUGAAUUUUUUGGUCUUUCAUUACAGAUUGUACUUCUAAGUUUGUUAUAUCUCUGAUGAUGUUUUGUGGCAAUUUUGUGAUGUGGUGGUACAAUUAAUGGUUAAUUAAUGUUGAGUGUUAAAUAAGAGCAUUUACUGAUGAAAGAAUUCAGUAAAGUUUGAAUAAACUUGAAAUCACAGACUACCCUUUAUAUAUAUAUAUAUAUAUAUAAAGGAAUAGGGAUUUGAGAUCUAGGAAGGUACCUUAAUUAAUAUUGUGGUAUAACCCAGGUUCUGGCUUACCGCAUUAAAUGAUAUGAAAUACAUAGAAUUGUUGAAAAUAAACAAUUACACAAUAUUUCACUCGAUAGGUAAACCCUGAAUUCAUUUCAUUGGAUUUAGCAUACAGUGUAUAGAAUGAAGAUAUCAUAAAAAAAGAAUGGAGAAUUAGACAUCUUGUAGGACUUGAGUGAGGAUGUCUGGGUCUGUGGGACAAACUCAGCUGAUAUAAAUCAUUAACAAACAGCAUCAGGUAUGGAAACUCACUAUUCUUGGUUCAAAUCCAUCUGGGGUCAUCCAGAUGUACGAAUUGAUAUUGCAGGUACCAGUAAUCUACUUGGGCUGGAAGGGCAUCAUCUUAAUUGACUCCCCUCCCCUCCAGCCUCUUACACUGCCAAGUUCAUAAUUAAUUGUUUAAUGAAAUGUAAUUAUGUCUAAUUAACCUUUACCAUUCUUUGUUGCUUGUUAUUUCAAUAUUUUGUUUCAAGUGGGUUUAUGUAUGUAUACGCAUUCUUAUAUAUAUAUAUAUAUAUAUAUAUAUAUAUAUAUAUAUAUAUAUAUAUAUAUACACACACACAUACAAAAACACACUCAGGCAUUCAUGCAUUUGCAGUAUAUGAACAUGUGUAUAUAAAUCUAUCUAUCUGUCUAUCUACACACACACACACACACAUAUAGAAUUGACCAAAAUCCUGGAAACACCAAUUUUUUUCUAACCUUUGCUGGAACAAUCACUCUUCAUUGGAUGUGGUUCCAUUAUUCAGUGUUAGGUUGUGGAACUGAGAGAUUGGUAAGAUAUUGCUGUCAAAAUUCCCACCAUCAUACUUUACCCUUGGCGCCAGAAAGUCACUCAACACCUCUAAAACUUGCUGCUGUGUUCUCUGGAAAAAAAUCUGACCAGAAUUUAGAGGAAUUUCAAGAGAGUGUAAUUCAAAAAUAAUGAUAAAAAUUAAUUAAAUGUACAUUUAAUUAGUUCUAUAAUUAGAUAUAAGCUAUACUUUAUCAGAGACACAGAAAAGUAAGUUUUUUUGUUUUUUCAUUAUUGAAUGUUGUUCACUUGACAGAGUUGUUAGAACAUUGGAGAAAAUGCUUUGAGGUCUUUCAUCUGACUCUAUACACUGUGAGUUCAAAUCCCACUGAGGUCACCUUUGCCUUUCAUUCUUUCAGGGUUGAUAAAAUAAGGACCAGCUGAGUACUGGGGUCAGCGUAAUCAACUUACUCCCCACUCCCUAAAAUUGCUGGCCUUGUGCCAAAAUGUGAAGCCAUUAAUCAUGGAAUAUUCAUCAUCAUCAUCAUCAUCAUCAUGAUAAUGUCCACUUCCCCAUGCUUUCACAGUUUGGACAAAGUUUAUUGAGGCAGAUUCUCUAAAGCCAGAUUUCCUUCUGGUCGUCAACCCUCACCUGUUUCCAAGCCGGACAUGUUUUCACAGAAUAUUGGAAAUAAAUGGCAGUGACACUCUUUUACAAUUGUCACAUGAUGUCAAGACAAGGAGACACUAACACACACACACACACACACACACACACACACAUACAUACAUACAUGCUGGGCUUCUUUCAGUUUCUUUCUACCAAAUCCACUCACAAGACUUUGGUUGACUUCAGGAUGUAGUAGAAGAUACUUGCCCAAGGUGCCACGUAGUAGGAUUGAACCCGAAACCAUGUGGUUGGGAAGCAAACUUCUCAGCUCACAGCUACACUUGCCCCUCAUUAUAGAUUAAUUAAGCCUUGGUUAAUUUGAAAUUUCAUUACCAAAAAUCCCCCAAAGAGUUUGUGUUUCAAUAUUUUGUCCAAAUUCUUUGUGUGUGUGUGUGUGUGUGUGUGUGUGUGUGUGUGUGUGUGUGUACACACUAACCUUAAUGGUCAACAGUCAACAAAAUUGUAAAAAAAAAUCACAAUAACCAGCAAAAUAGCAAAUUGCAUAAUAAUAAUAAUAAUAAUAAUGCUAAAGUGUCCAAAAGCAAAAUGUAUGAGCUCCGUUCAUUCCAUGCCCUCCUCUCCCACAAUAUUCUAUGGAAGAACGAACAAAUCAGAAUUGUUAUUUCAAGCAAAUUAUACAAUCUAUCAUAUUUAUUAAAUUAUUGUUUCUCA